GUUCUGGUUCCUUGCCUGCUGGUCCGAUCUGCUACGGUGGCACGCUCUUGACCGAGACGUUCUCCAUCCACGUCAUCAGCCAUGAUGGGGAGGUUGGUGUUGUGGAUAUGAAGGCAGUCGGCCCUAUGGCCGGUGAGUGCGAUGGCGCCAACUUCCAGAACAACGACAACGUGAUCACAGUCGACAAUGAUCACGGGUGUGGGUUGGCAAGCUACGAGUACACGGACCAUGUGAUCGUCAACCUUGUGAAGCCCUACGCAGUUUCAAUGGUCUUGGAAAGCCAGGCAUGCCCUGCAGCAGGAGAGGUCUAA